AAAGGGCGUUUGUCAACUUGCUCGUUCAUGCCCCCUCUCUGCCUUUUAUGGCACGCGACCGACUCCAUUGAUGUACUGUACAUCACCCCUACCCCUCUCCCUCUCUCUUUCUUGAUCUCUUGUUGAUUUCUUCUCCCUUCUCGUCCAGCCAGGUGAUCUGAUCUCAAAGGAAUAGAGAAACCGCGCAAGCAUUUUCCAUUUUCUUCCCCAAAAAAAAUAUAAAUUGUUCGAACAGUACUCUCCAAAAGUCUUGCCGAGGCUGCAAUUCAGGAGUGGUUGGCUCGGAAAAGAUUCUUUAUAUCAGGUGUGGGUUUGUGUUUAAGGACUAUUGCUGUCCUGUUUCAACGCCCGUUUGGUUGUCUGGGGCAAAGGAAGGAAGCAAGCCCCUUUUUGCUUCUUUCCUGCACUACAGCUUGAGGUGCUGGUUGCAGAAAAACGAUUUUCAGCUGCCUUGGAUUCCCAGAUUGUGAAUUUCAUUUUCACCCUUUAGUGUUUUUGAAAUUUAGUGAGAAUUAGGGUUUCCCAAGCUAUUUAGCUCACUUGUCAGACUUUUCUGUUUGGGUUGAACUUCAAAGAAAGUAGUUUAUGGAUAAGGAUAAAGCUUCAGGUCAUGGAGGGAGUUCAUUGCCGCCUCCGUUCGGGAGAUCUCCAGUUUUCUCACCGCCUAGUAGUAAUAUGAGUGCAAAGUCUGAGCCUGCUGGAUGUUUCAAUUUGCCUCCAUUGGGACCUCAUGCGGGUGCUUCAGAAGCAGGCCAUUAUGGCGUUGGGAUGCAAUCAGAGUCUAGUCAGUUUAGUCAUGAUAUCAGCUCCAUGCCUGAUAACCCACCAAAGAAUUUGGGCCACCGGCGUGCACAUUCAGAGAUUCUAACACUCCCUGAUGAUAUCAGUUUUGAUAGUGAUCUUGGCAUUGUUGGUGGAUUUGAUGGCCCAUCCCUGUCAGAUGAGACCGAGGAGGACCUUCUCUCUAUGUACCUUGACAUGGAUAAGUUGAAUUCACUGUCUGCAACUUCUUCAUUCCAAGCCGGUGAGUCAUCUUCUUCAGCAGCUAUGGCUCCAGGGUCAUCUCAAACUCCAGCAUUUGGAUCAUCGGGUCAACCUGUUGAGAAUAUUUCUCAUGCUGUUAGUGAGAGGCCAAGAGUUCGACAUCAGCACAGCCAGUCUAUGGAUGGUUCCACAACUAUAAAUACAGAAAUGCUUGCAUCAGGCUCAGGAGAUCCAUCACCAGCUGAUUUAAAAAAAGCCAUGUCUGCUGCCAAGCUUGCUGAGCUUGCUGUUAUGGACCCAAAACGUGCAAAGAGGAUUUGGGCCAACAGGCAAUCUGCCGCUAGAUCAAAGGAAAGGAAAAUGAGAUAUAUUGCUGAGCUUGAAAGAAAGGUCCAGACUCUUCAAACAGAAGCCACCUCAUUGUCUGCUCAGUUGACCCUUCUGCAGAGGGACACAAAUGGCUUGACUGCCGAAAACAGUGAACUUAAAGUGCGCCUGCAAACAAUGGAACAACAAGUGCACUUGCAAGAUGCCUUAAAUGAUGCCCUGAAAGAAGAGAUACAACAUCUAAAAGUCUUGACUGGUCAAGGUGUUGGUAAUGGUGGACCUAUAAUGAACUUCCCUCCAUCCUAUGGAGCAAACCAGCAGUUCUAUCACAACAACCAUUCCAUGCACACAUUGCUAACAACACAACAGUUCCAGCAGCUCCAAAUACACUCACAAAAGCAGCAGCAACAACAUCAGCAGCAGCAGCAGCAUCAAUUUCACCAAAUGCAACAACUUAGAUCUCCAGCACAACAGCAGCAACAACAACAACAGCAGCAGCAGGAACAACAUUUGCACAAACCCGAAGUUUCUAGGGGAGUUUGAUUUGAACUUAAAUUCCUUUGUCGCCCAUGAGUCUAUGAAGAUGAACUUUUUAUAGCUUGAUGUAGGAAUGUGAUCUUCGGCAUUAAGCUUUUGACCUGAGGACACAUUGGCAUUCUAAGCCAAUAUGUGAGAGUGUGGCUCAAUGGAGACUUGAAGCUGAGAAAGUCAUCGUCAACGAGGGCUCAAAUGGCUUUCAGAUGGAUGUACUGCUUUGAAGGACUAAUGAUGUAAAGCAUUAUAGUUUGUUGGAAUCUGUCACAUGGCAUGUUUCAGUUGGUUUGUGUUUAUCUCCAAUGUAUGUUCAUUCUAGUACAGUACUUCAUAGGAUCCCAUUUUAUUUUAGUUUAUUAAAUUUGCAAAAAUUCUUCAUUUGACUUGAUUCCCCCUUUUUUUAAAACAUCCUCAGUGUUAAUCUUGUACUGG